GUCAUCAUGAUCCGGCCGCCCAGGAGGUCCGAGGUUUCGGAGCACAUUCGCGAGCAGGAGGCCAGUCCGCUGGCGCUGCCGCCGCUGGAGCUGCUGCGGCGGCUGCUGCCGCGCGCUGCCGAGGUGGCUGGCUGGCUGCUGAUGCCGCACGCCAUGUUCAGCCGCUACGUGCUGCUGGUGGCGCCCGCGUACGGCGUGGGGGGCGAGGGAGGCGGCGGCGGCGGUGAGGGCAUGGGCAGCAGCAGCGGAGGCGGAGUAGGAGAAGGCAGCGGGACCGCACCUUGGCAGCACGUGGGGACGCAGCUGAUGCUGCUUGCAGGUGCGCUGCUGACGUGUUUCGAGGUGCAGCUGUUCGGCCGGGCGGUGGCGGAGCUGCUGUCGCUGCGGCGGCCGCGCAGGCCCUUGGCGCGGCGGCGGGCGCUGGCGUGGCGGGUGUGCUGCGAGGGACUGCUGCUGCCCCUGCGUGAGGCGAUUCCCGUGUGGAACAUGACCCACUUCAUCGCGCUGCCGCUGCUGCAGCUGCUGCUGCCGCCGCCCGCCAUGGACCUGGUGCUGCUGGUGCCGCUGACGUACUGUACGGCGAUGCUGGGGGCGGCCGCAUGCGAUGUGGCGGCCAGGGCGACCGCGGCGCUUCUGAGGGUCGCCCGACGAGUACGACAACACGACGGCGGAACAACUCUGCUGCUCCCCAGUAUCGUACACGCGGCGGAUCCGGAUGCCGUACCGCUGCUGGGCCGUACAUACACCCUGAUGCUGUACGACAUGGUGGGUCAGUCGGGCCGCGCGGCGGUGGCGGCGGCCCUGGCGGAGGAGGCGCCGGCGCUGGCGGCUGAGCUCGCGGAGCGGCGGCAGCGGCGGCAGCAGCAGCAGCGGCUGGAUGGCGACGGCGGCGGCGACGGAGGCACGUGGGGUGAGCUGGCGGCGGCGAUGAGGGCGAGAGUGGCGCCGCCGGGAGCCGGGGAUGGCGGCCGUAGGGGCGCGCGCCGUCGGCGUGCGGAGGCGGAUGCUGCUGCCGCCGCCGCAGUCCCUGGCGGCGAUGCGGCUGGAGUGGCGGGUGGGGAGGCAGUUGAGAGGCGCGAGGGGGAGCAUGGAGAGCAGGCGGAGGAGGAGCACCCUCCGCAGGAGGCCGCGGCGGCAGAUCUUGAGGAUGGUCACGAGGAUGAUGAGGAUGACGACGAUGAUGACGAGGACGAGGAGAUGGAGCGGCGGCGGGCGGGGCUGGCGGUUCAGCUCCGCUGGCCGGCUCCUCUACAGCUGCCCCCCGAGGUUCACGACUGGGAGGACGUCCCGCGCGGCUUCACGUGCGCCAUCACGCAGCACGUGAUGGGCCAGCCCGCCAUGCUGGUGUCCCCGGAGCUGCCCGCGGCGCCCACGUACGAGCGGGCGGCCAUACAGCAGUGGCUGGCGACACACAUGCGCGACCCCAAGUCCAACACGCCGCUCACCAGCUACACGCUGCUGCCCAACGAGGACCUGCACCGGGCCAUUGACGACUGGGUACACUUCAAGCUUAAGGCCGCACGCGCCGCCGC